GAUUAGGUGCUAACGAAGAAAAUGGAAGAAACUCUCGUGCUGAAGGACAUUUCUCCCAAUUUGGAGGGAAUGCAACUGCACACUUGCAUUCAAAAAGCGCUGACUUGGCACACCAAUAGUAAAAGGGAGACCAUUGCGAAGCUCCUGGAGGAAGGCAUUACAAAAUGUACAACUCCAUACGAGUCCUAUAAAGAGGAUCUGAUCAGGGCAAAUAUCCUGCUGGCGGCCUGUUUCACCAACAUUGCCUACAAAGAGCAGGGCAAGCUGCGCAGGGCCCUACAGGCCAAGCUUGUAAAUAUUUUCAAGGCACUGGAGGACUACAACGGAUCCGGGGAUCCUAACCUUCGGGUAAUCAAGGGAUUCGCCCUGAUGCUAUCACCCAGCACAGCCCCAGUGGCAGAUGCGCUGCUUAUCGACAUUCUCCGACAGAAGUCCAACCAUAUUCCGGCCCUGAUUGGACGUGGGUGCUUGGCCUUCAAUCGCCAGGACUACAUAGGAUCCCUGGGAUACUUCAAGAGUGUCCUGAUGACAGAUCCUGGAGGACCCGCGGAUGUUCGCGUAGGGAUUGCCCACUGUUUUUGGAAGAUGGGUGAUCUGAAAAGUGCCCGUCUUUCCUUUGAGAUUGCUCUCGAGCACAACAGCACAUGCCAAAUUGCGCUACUUGGUAAGGCCAUCUUAAAUCUGAAUGAGCGCGACCCAAAACUUUACAAGGAGGGUAUAAAUCUCCUCAGCGUGGCCUUCGACAUUAACAAGCGACACCCAGUAGCUCUAAGUAUUCUGGCUACGUAUUACUAUUCCAUUGGCGAUCAUGAAAUGGCGCUGAGAUUGGCUGGAAAUGCCAUUGGAUUCACUGACAUCCCGCAACUGAAAUCUCACAGUUUCUACCAGGUGGCCAGGAGUCAACAUGCCAUUGGGGAAUACGAGUAUGCCAGGAUGUACUACCAGAGUGCCGUGGAUUCCGCACCGGAAGGCUAUGUGCUGCCCCAACUGGGACUCGCCCAAAUGUACCUGAGGGAAGGUGAAUCCGACAAGGCCAAGAUCUGCCUGGAAACAUUCCUCAAGUCUCUGCCAAACGAAUCGACUGCAAUGCGGCUAUUGGCCAGAAUUUAUAUAGAUGAAAGGUCCCCAGGACAAAUAGAAAAGGCUAUUGCAAUGUUGAUUAAAGUGGUGGAGAAGCCAUCGGGUCGCCAGGAUUGGGAUAGCUGGCUAAAUCUGGCCCUGGCCUAUCAGCAGAAUGGGCUCUGGAACUCGGCCACCAAUGCAUAUGAAAAGGCUAUUGCAAUAUACAUGGAUCAGGGACUCCAGAUCCCUGUCGUGUGGCUAAACAACCAGGCGGUCAGCCAGAUGUCGGCCAAAGAGCCAAAAAAGGCCUUCCUGACCCUUAACGAGGCGUUUACCAAAAUGAAAAGUCAAGGGGAUAACCCUCACAAUAGUACUAUCUACCUCACAAUGAGGUACAACUACGCUAGGGUUCUGGAGGCCCGUAGAAUGUACGACUUGGCUCAGACGCUCUAUGAGAAUAUCAUCGCCAGCUAUCCAAACUACCACGACUGUCACUUGAGACUGGGCCUGAUGGCGAUGCAGUUGGGUAAGCUGAACAAAGCCUUGGAGCACUUCAAGGAAGUCCUGGCAAUAGAACACGACAAUAUUGGGGCCAGGACCUACCUGGGAGACUGCUAUAUGAUGCUGAGUCUUAGCAAACAGUCCAUAUACAACUACGGUGUGAUACUGCGUAGCCCUGGAAACACCCAAGACAGCUACGGCUUGGUGGCCCUGGGAAACAUCUACCUGAAAAAAUGUCAGAACAGCGUGACGAAGGGAGACUUAUCGUCAGCCCAAAGAAAUCAGGAAAUUGCCUUAAACUACUACACGAGGGUUCUCCAACGCUGUCCCAGAAACGUUUGGGCAGCCAAUGGAAUAGGAGCUGCCUUAAGUACCUUAAACCAUCUCUCCGAGGGUGAGGCCGUCUUUAAGCAGAUUCUCGAGGCUGGGAACGAGUGCCCCGCUGCCCUCCUGAAUUCGGCUCACGUAGCCCUGGAACUUGGCCAAUUCAAGCUGGCCAGUCAGACCUACAAGCUGUGCCUGAAGGACCAUCUACCGGAGAACUGUGUGGAGGUCAUGCACUACCUAGCCAGAUCUCUGUAUGGGGAGGGAAACUCCGGCGAAGCCAAGAUGUGGCUGCUCAGGGCCCGCCACUUGGCCCCUCAGGAUCCGCUUUUGAUGUUCAAUCUGGGUCUGACCAUUAAGAAGGAAACCAGAGAUCUCGUAGCCCUGCCAAAACCGGAGUGUGAUGAUCUCAACAGAUCUGAACUGGAGCUGAAAGUGGCCUCUAAAUAUUUUUCCUACAUUCAUCAAAAACAACCUAUCGUCCCGGCACGUUCUUCUGCCAAAGCAUCCGACGAUUGCCAGGUCUUGAUGGGGAAAUUAAAAGACCAUCUCGAACACGUGCGUAAUAUGAAGCUAUUGGAUGAGCAGCGCAUCCGCUUGCGGGAGCAACGGAUCCACGAGCACCAGCGGAACCAGGAGAAGCAGCGUCUGAAGUGGCUGGAGGAUGAUCGAGUCCUCCGGGAGAACCGGAUGGCAAGGCGGAGGGAGGACUUGGAACGCACCAGGAAAUUUGUGAAUGCCCCUCUGCAGCCUGAAGUCCCUAAAAAGGAUUCCAGCGAGGGCAAGGGAAGCGGCAGGAAAAAUCCGCGGGAUGCAGGGAAAGACGGAGAUCAGGAGAAGAGUCAACAAAAGUCAAGAGCCAAAAAAUCUAUCAAAAGGGCUGCAAAUGCAGAAUUGGACAAAGGUGUGACCAAGAAACCAAAGUCAAAAGAAUUUAUAAGUACUGAUGAUGACAGUGAUUCGGAAGAAGGCAAAAAGAAAUCAUAAAGCCAAUUUAGCCAACAG